AUGAUCCGAAACAGAACCUGCGACAACCCUCCUCCGUCAUUUGAUGGAAACAACUGCGAAGGCUCGGCUUCAGAAAACCAGAGUUGCAAGCUCACUAACUGCUCUGUGAACGGAAAUUGGAGUGUAUGGAUGGCAUGGAGUUCCUGUUCCGCAUCAUGUGGGAAUGGUACUAGAACCCGCAACAGAACAUGUGAUAAUCCUGUUCCAGCAUUUGGUGGUGAGGAAUGUUACGGUAUUAAUACGGAUAGUGAAGAGUGUAUGAUAAUAAACUGUCCAAUUAACGGAAAUUGGAGUGUAUGGUUGGCAUGGAGUUCCUGUUCCGCAUCUUGUGACAAUGGUACUAGGACCCGCAACAGAACAUGUGAUAAUCCUGUUCUAGCGUUUGGUGGUGAGGAGUGUGACGGUAUUGAUACGGAUAGUGAAGUGUGUAUGAUAAUAAACUGUCCAAUUAACGGUAAUUGGAGUGUAUGGUUGGCAUGGAGUUCCUGUUCCGCAUCUUGUGACAAUGGUACAAAGACCCGCAACAGAACAUGUGAUAAUCCUGUUCCAGCGUUUAGUGGUGAGAAAUGUGACGGUAUUGAUACGGAUAGUGAAGUGUGUAUGAUAAUAAAUUGUCCAAUUAACGGUAUUUGGAGUUCCUGGCAGUCAUGGAGUGACUGUUCUACAACUUGCGGUGGUGGUAUUAAGAAUCGAACAAGGAUUUGUGAUAACCCUGCUCCUGAACACUUCGGCCUGGACUGUGAUGGACAUUGCUUUGAAUCGUCAUCUUGUGGUGAAGGGACCUGUCCCCCAUCUGGUGUCUGGGGUACCUGGACAGAGUGGACUGACUGUUCCGCGUCUUGUGGCGAGGGUGUUUCAGGCAGAACAAGAAUAUGUGACAACUCUACCGGCAUUGAAUGUAUUGGGACUAAAUCAGAAACAAAGGGUUGCCAAAUAUGGAAAUGUUACGACAGUUGGGGAGACUGGAGUGCGUGCAGCUUUACGUGUGGCAGCGGAAUACGGACUAGGAACAGGACAUGUGACGGCGAAUUUACCGGAGAGAAAUGCGGAUUGAAUACUACGAUGUUCAGAGAUGUGAAGAGUUGUGUAAACCCAGAAUCCUGCCAGGAAUCCUUUUGCGAAAGUAGAAAUGGGAUUUGUUCCUACCAUCAUCCACACAGGGGUGACCUAUACAUCACGUGCGAUGGAAACCGGUUCAUGUACGAGCGUUUGUGCAACGUGUUGCUGAGGUACAAGGUCAGUAACACCGAUGAAUGUGAGGGAUACUGUGACAGGGAGGACAAUGUACCUUGUUCUUUAUGAUUGACUUUUUUGUGUAAAUAUUCGUGGACAUGUUAUAACUGGUCGUUGUAUAUUACCAAAGUCUUAUGUUUUGAAAUUUAACACUCAAUACAUAGUAGUUAAUUAUUUGGAACAUAACAAAUUUGUAAUACAUAUAAGCAAGCACUAUUAAAGAUAAGAAAUAAGGUAAAAAUGACUGAAAUAUUGGUAUAGUAUAAUCUGGUAAUCACCA